UUUUGAGCAGCCCCACAAGCUCUGCCAUCUAUCCUACAGCCACCCCCAUAUGAUUUCUGCAUCCAUGUCUUUAAGAUCCAAAGCACAUACCAAGAGCAGAUACCAGGAAGAGGCGGCCAGCUAGUUAACAACUAAGCAAAUAUUGUUCUCUUCUCUUUAUAUAUAAGUCAACUGACCCAUAAUUUUCCCUCAUAAAAUUCAGUAGGAUAUCAUAUGAUAUGGCACUUUUGCAAGAAAGCAAUACCCUUGUGGGUCUUGUUUUGCUCUUGUGCAUGACAUUAGAGGUUUCUUCACACAGCAGUCAUAUGCAGUAUACCCCUCCUAAUGUUACUCAUUUCACUGAUCUAUUUUCUCCUGUCUCAAUUAGUCAAGGAUUCUCUACAUUUUUUGGUGGCUCAAAUAUUAAGUUGCUCAAUAAUGGGUCUUAUGCAAAUCUUGCUCUUGAUAAAUCCUCAGGCUCUGGGUUGGCCUCAAAGAACAAAUAUUACUACGGUUUCUUUAGUGCUGCAAUAAAAUUGCCUGCUGGUCUAUCUUCUGGAGUAGUAGUAGCCUUCUAUAUGUCUAAUGCAGAUACAUAUCCACACAACCAUGAUGAGAUUGAUAUUGAACUUCUUGGUCAUGACAAGAGAAAUGAUUGGGUCCUCCAAACUAAUGUAUAUGCAAAUGGAAGUGUCAGCACUGGAAGAGAAGAGAAAUUCUAUCUCUGGUUUGAUCCAACAGAACAACACCAUCAUUACAGCAUCAUCUGGAACAGUCACCAUACAGUGUUUCUAGUAGACAAUGUACCAGUAAGAGAGUUUAUCCAUAACAGUGCCUUCUCUUCUGUGUACCCAUCAAAGCCCAUGUCACUUUAUGCCACUAUCUGGGAUGGUUCAGAGUGGGCAACCCAUGGAGGAAAAUACCCAGUUAACUAUAAGUAUGCCCCAUUUGUGGUUUCUUUUGCAGAAAUGGAAAUGACUGGCUGCAUUUACAAUCCAUCUGCUGCUUCAUGUUCUAAUAAGGCUGGUCCUUCAACCUUAGACCCUGUGGAAGGGCAAGAAUUUGUUAAGCUAUCAAAGGAUCAAAGUGUGGCCAUGGAUUGGGCAAGAAGAAAGCUCAUGUUCUAUUCUUACUGUAAUGAUAGAGCAAGGUUCAAGGUCCUGCCACCUGAGUGCAAAUAAAUGUGAUACAGUAUUAGUUUUUUUUUUUUUUUUGAUUUCAUGUUUCUAUAUAUUAUUUUCUCCCCUGAUGGGAUGGAUUAAAUAACACAGCAUCUUGCAGUAGCCACAUUCAGAAUCAGAGGCUAGUGCCAGAGAUCAAAUGGAACCUCUAAAAGAAUAUAUAUAUUAAUGUUUUCUUGGAGUUGAAGAGUUGGGAUUCUCUUUUAUAAUGGAGAGAUGCAAUCAUUUGUUAAA